UGUGUGUUUUUAGUUCCUUAGUUUGAUUCUUGCUUAGAAUAGGUAGGCAUGUCCAUUUCGGCUCGGGAAAUUCGUUUUAACCCGUAUCCGUCCCGAUUUAUCCUUUCCCAUACUUUAUCCGUCUCGAAGUUGACCCUUACUCAAAUUAGUAAAAGUUUGGUAGUGAUUUUUUCGACCCGAAUUUCUCAAACCCGUCUUGUUAUCCGAAUUCGAAUAUCCAAAUUCUGAUCCUUACCCGUUACUUCCCGUUUCGAUACAAGUACCGAAAUGGACAUUCUAAGAAAACAUGGUAAAAUCUCAUCGCGAUAAAUAACAAACCGGUUUCUGACCGAGGUAGAUUACCGAUCCAAAAGAUACCAAAAAGAUACCAACAAGGGAGCACGAAGUUAAUUGUAGACGCGAGUGUAGGAGAUAACUACCCCUUUCCAAAUAGCCUUCAUAGCUUCCGCAACAAGUAAUUUUUUCAUCAGUCUCUAUGAGUAAAAGCUAAGCGAGAGAGAGCUAGACUCUCUACAGAUCAAGCUCAACGAUUCAAGCCGUGAUACAUAAAAUCAAGUUAGGGUUGCUCUGGUAAGCUGAUCAAAGCUCUCAUCUUUCUCUAUUCUUCUGAUUCUUCCCCUAUCGAGAAACGUAAACGAAAAAAGCUUACGACUUUUUACAAUUUCAGUAUAUUUUUCUCACUUUCCUGUGUUUGAUUCUUGUGGGUUUAACGUAUUUGAUGAUUAACAGGUUCAAUCAGAUGAAAGUUUUCAUCUUUGUUGUCAAAAUGUCUCGGAGUCUUCGUGUGUGUGGUUACCAGAUGAUUCAUUCUGGUGUUUGCUCGAUUUGCUAAUGAUUUUGGGGUCUUUGCUCGGUUUCAAUGUCAAUAAAAGAACCAUCUUUUAUGACUGAGAUUGUUGAGGAACAUGAGAAUGAGAUGGAUGAAGCUGCAAUGAGCUUGGUUAUGUUUUCUGAACAAGUUUAUGACUUUGAUUUGCCUCCUAAUGAUGAUGAUGAUUCCAUGGAUUUAGAUCAGCUCACACCUAUACAAGAGAAGAUCUUAGAUUGUGUUGAGUGGAUACCAUCUCACUCGGGUUUCGAAAAGUCUACAACUUGCAGUGAUGUUGUUGCUGCUCAAGCAUUACCUAAAUUGCAGAGUAACUCAAGUCGUAAAUGCAAUAUAUGUGGAAAGAUUUUUGGGUGUUAUCAAGCUUUAGGUGGCCACCAAAGAGUUCACAGACCGAUUAGAGGGAAACUAGCGCGUAAAAGGGAGUAUACUGAAGAUGAUAAUUCAUUGUUUGAGUCAUCAGAUGCUAAGAAGAUUGUUUCAAAACCAUCAAAUUUUGAAGUCUCUAAGGAGGAGAAGAUCUUAGAUUGUGUUGACUCGAAACAAGGGUUCAGCGAACUGCUUCCUCGGAAUAGUAAGUCGCUGAAAAUACCUGAGAGUAGCUCCUGCUAUGAAUGUAAGAUAUGUGGAAAGAGUUUUGGGUGUUAUCAAGGUCUAGGUGGCCACACAAAACUUCACAGAUCGAUGAAAGGGCAAUUGGCGCAUACUGAGGAUAAUAAUUCACUGUUAGACUCAUCAGAAGCUAAGAAGAUUGUUUCAGAACCAUCAUGCUUUGAAGUCUCUCCGGAUGAGAAAAGCUUACAUUGUGUUGAGUUAAAACAAGACUUCAGUGAACUGCUUUCUCAUUCGGGUGCAUUACCUUCUACCCUGAGAAGUAAAUUGCAGAAAAAAACUCAGAGCAAAUCAAGCUGUGAUUGCAAAAUAUGUGGGAAGAGUUUUGUGUGUUCUCAAGCUCUAGGUAAUCACAAAAGAGUUCAUAGACCGAUAAAUGGGAAAUUAGCGCGUAAAAGGAAGUAUACUGAAGAUUAUAAUCCACUGUCUGACUCAUUAGAAGCUAAGAAGAUUGUUUCGGAACCAUCAAGCUUUGAGGUUUCUCAGGAGAAAAGCUUACAUUGUGUUGAGUUAAAACAAGACUUCGGUGAACUGCUUGCUCACUCGGGUUUCGACAAGUCUAUUAGUUGCAGUAACACCAGGUUCAUUCCAUUACCUUCUUCCCUAAGAAGUAAAACACACUCCAACAUAUCGAUUAAAGGGAAAUUAACGCGUAAAAACGAGAAUACUGAAGAUGGUAAUUCACUGUUUGGCGUGAAUGACUCAGAAGCUAGCAAGUUUGCUUCACUAUCAUCAAGCUUUGAAAUCUAUCAGGAGAAGACCUUACAUUGUGUUGAGUCGAAACAAGACUUCAGUGAACUGUUUUCUCACUCGGGUUUGGAUAAGUCUACUUGUUGAACAAUAAAGGAUAUGUUUGGAGAUUAUAACUUUCUUAAACAACUUUUUUUUAUCUUUUUAAAGUGCAGAAGUUGCAACUUUAUA